AUGCCAGGCUUUCUUCCUGUAGCAGAAGGUGCCCUGCGCCAUCGCUGGGUGACUGUCCUCACCACCUGAGGUCAGUGCCCUGCCACCACCACCCCUCUCGCGGGUCACUCUCAGCUUUGGCUUCUCUUACCCAGCUGUGGCUUCCGAGGUCCCCAUGCCAGUGGGCUCAUCCUCAGAGAGUGAAAUGGCGACAGGGAGCAUCCUUUCACUUUUGUUCCCCCUACCCCUGCAUCAGGCUCAUGUGAGAACCGAGGCCAGGCUGUCCAAGGCUGUCUCUUCAUACUUCAACAGUCCUGAGUCCCAUGACCUCCCAGCAGCCCGCCUCUGGCCUUGGUUACACUCACAGGUAGAGUCCUGCCUCCUCUCCCUCGCAUCCCCACCCCCUUCCCCAAAGGACUGUGUCUCUGAAGUCCUGGGCAGCCUUGCCUCCUGACCUAACUGCUGGAGACACUGGUGUUCCUAAGGAGGAGUUUCUCUGCAUCUAACAGCACAGAAGCUCCUGGAGCAGGCGGUGGGGGAGGAACUGAGAAGAUGAAAAUGUCAGCUAGAGCCCUGGAGAAGAGGAGUUGACUUUUAGUCUCCACGUCUAAUUGGGAAUGAGUCUGGUUUUUAUACAUACACAGGUACACGCACACGACACGCACACAAAACCCUUGGGAUUACAGCAGUGUUCUGACACAUCUUCCAAACCUAAUUUCACCUCCUGGCCUCCCUGGCUCUGUCCCUAGCCUCCCAUCCUCCUGAUCCCAGACACUUAGGUCUGGUCCUUCACAGUUGCUCGAGCCAGUGCUGGGUACGCUCCCUCUUACCCUGGGAAGUGCGCUCUCCUCCCCUUAGGUCCAGCACUCCAGCUUGUGUUCCAAGUGCUCGGCUUGUCUGAGAGGUUCCUGCCCACGAGGCCUGGAGGUGCUCUCAGUGUAGCUCCCAUGGUGUGGCUCACGUGGGGCCAGACGCAGCUGAGCUGAGCUGUGGAGCUCCGAAAAGGGGGGAUUCCGGAAAGGAGGGUUUUUCAGGGCUUCCUGCGAGCCAGGUAGGGGGAAUCUAGACUUCCUGGUGAACUUAGAUCUGUAGCUCUGGCCAAGGGGCUGGGAGGACAGAAGUGAGAAGGAUUCAUGGGAGUGAUGGGUGGUUGUUGGGUUGGUGGUUGAAGGGAGGUGGGGAGCCUGAGAACGGCCAGGAUGUGGAUGGGCUGGUGUGACAUUGAGUCUGAAAUAGUCAGAGCGAUCCAGCUUGGGGUCUCCAGUGACUAGGAGAGUUGUCCUUUUGAAUAUGGUGUGGCUGUGAAGGAAGAAGCAGGAAGCGUGUUCACGUAGAAGAGCGAAGGUGGACACCAAAGUCCUGACCGUUGGCUGGGAUGGAAGAAUUCAUGUGUGAGAGACUCCUUCGUUGGUUCAUGCCCUGUGUGCCCCUGGGAGGGUGGGCCUGAGGAAGGUUAAAGACCCCAGGCUGAUACCAUCUGGAGAGCGGGGGGCCUGGGAGCUAGCAAGAAGGUUCCUGGCCACUGUGAACUCCAGCUCAGGAAGAGGCGCAGUGUGCAGGAACCUUAAGGACUGGGCUCAGACUGCUGUCAUGUAUGUGUGCCUUCUCUUGGUAGCCAGAGCCUGCUCUAGAUUUCCUGGUUAAAUAAAAAUGAAAGUGAAGUAGAAGGGAGAGGGCAGUGCUUUCCCAGAAGGAUUUCAUUAUAUGUCCUGCCCUUCCCAGAACCAGCUCUGGCAGAGGAGAGAACUUUACCUCCCUUUGUGACUAGGUAAGUCCCUGGUCCUCUUUGGGCGUCAGUUUCCAUGCCUGUAAUGAAGGGGUUAGAUUGGACUAGUAACCAGUAUAAUGUUGAUGGUAAUAAGAGCUGGGGUGGGGAUCCCCGGCUUUGUUUCUAGGGGCUGGAAGAGCUGUAUCCUAUGCCCGAUGCCAGUCCUCCAGUAGUUGUCAGUUGGGACAGGUGGACAGGACAGAGUAAAUAGCAGUGCCUGGCAGCCCACUGAAAAAUCAGAGGUAGGGAGGGGCUGUGCAGUCCACAGGAAGAAGGCCACACGUAUGCCUGGGAUCUAAGCAAGCCACUCAGAAGACGUGGGAGAAGCAGUUUUCACCAUCUCCUCCCCCGCCUCCCCCACAGAGGAGGAAGUUGUCACAGAUAUAUAGAUCCAGGCGCGCCAGCUCCUGACACACGCAUCACGACCAUGAGACAGAACUGGAUUCCAGACCCCAGCCCUCUUUGGGCCCUGCUCCUCUGUGCGCACAUCGUCUCCCACCUGGCCAGAGCCACACCUGUGCCUCAGGCCACUACAGCUGCCACUGCCUCAGCUGGGAUCGUAAAGGACACCUGCCCCUCCCGGCCCCCAGCACUCCCGACAGCUAAGCAGUGCCCAGCAUUGGAGGUGACCUGGCCGGAAGUGGAAGUCUCACUGACCGCUUCCCCCACUUCAGCAUCCUUUACUGGCUGGGCAACAGCUCCUUCAUCGAGCACCUCCCGGGCCGGCUGCGGGAGGGCAGCACCAGGCGGGAGCACAGGGGCACGAGGACCCAGCUGUGGAGGGCCUUGGUGCUGGAGGAGCUCAGCCCAGCCCUGCGAGACACCAACUUCUCCUGUGUUUUCUCGGAUCCUGGGCAGACUGCCCAGCGUCACCUCGUCCUGGCCCAGCUCUGGGCUGGGCUGAAGAUAAGCGUUUCCCCCGACACAAGAAGCCCCAUCCUCCAGCAAGUCCCCUCAGCCUCGCCAACCUGAUAAUGAACCCCAAGCUCCAAAGCCUGGUUGAAAUGCCACCUCUUCAUUGAGGUAUACAUGCUCUCAGCCCAGGCCACAUUCUGCAUCGACUUGUAUUUGUUUCCUUUAAUGGACUGUCCCAGGGAAGGUAUGCGGGGAGAGGCUGCUUCUGACCCAUAGCUGUAUCUCUGUCACCCCAGCAAGACCCACAACGGGUGCUCAUAAAUGAUCUUCAGUGGUGGCGUU